UCCUACCCCACCCUUAUGUGUGAUUUCAAUUUUCUCAAGCCUCAACUUGACUAAAUUUUUUUUGUCUUGUUCAGCUGAUGGUGUGUUGAAAUAAAGCAGGAAUGUGGACCAGGCUUUAAACUCACACAAACACAUUUCCUCCUGUUAACACAGCAAGUUGUAGCUUCAUAUAUGUUCAGCUGUUGUUAUCGGAGGCCCUUCCUGACUCGCUGUGAGGACUAUGAACGAAAACGACAUACUCGAGAUGGACUCCGCGCCCGAAACGGAGGACUUUGAUGAUGCACAGCUGGGCAUGAUAGACGAGGAAGCUGUGUACCCUCAGGAGUUUCUACCCACUUAUCACUCUAUUAAAGAAGGAACAGUACUGAACAAAGCAGAUCAGGUUGAGUACAACAACAAACCGGACUCAUUAUUCUUCAAUGACGGCAUUAGGAGGAUUGACUUCAUCCUGGUGUAUGAAGAUGAGGACAAGAAGGAGUUUGAAAAGAGGCACGUGUUCCAAAGACGUAAGAAACGACGAGAGUACUUUGAAGCCAGCCUGAUGAAGAUGGGCCUGGAGCUGGAAGCUAUGCCUUCUGUCCUCAAUGACAACCUUAUGUAUGUUAAAGUUCACGUGCCGUGGGAUGUGCAGUGCACAUAUGCCGAGGUCCUGCACAUCAAGGUUCCCAUCGAUGUCAACACUACUCCUUUCCGCCCCUCCAUGUGGAGGUUUUUCAACUGUUUCACCAAGUACUUCAGACCCAAUGAGGAACUGAUAACAGAGGAAACUGACUUCUUCACUGCGCCCUUUGAGAAGGACUGUCUGGAUCGCUUCAGAAUCGAGAAAAAGGAUCAUUUCUUCACUCCAUCCAUGAAGAGCAGGAUGGCGUACUACAUCCUGUGCAGAGCUCCCUAUGAAAUCAGAGGAAACAUGAAAAAGUUUGGCAUCACCAAACUGCUGGGUGGUGGAGUCUACAAAGCCGCCUAUCCACUACAUGAUUGCAGGUUCAAUGUCAAGUCCACAGAAGAAAGCUGUCCCAAUGAGAGAUUUCUCCUCUAUAAGGAAUGGGCUCAUCCCAAGAACUUCUACAAGAUGCAGCCACUGGACCUCAUAAGGAAGUAUUAUGGGGAGAAAAUCGGGAUCUAUUUUGCCUGGUUGGGUUUUUACACUUUUAUGUUGGCUCUGGCUGCUGUGGUGGGACUGGGCUGUUUCAUUUAUGGAUACCAGAUGCAAGAAUCAAGCACAUGGAGCAAGGAGGUGUGCGACCCUGAAAUAGGAGGAAACAUUGUUAUGUGUCCUCAGUGUGACCUCUGCAACUACUGGAUGUUAAACAGCACCUGCGACACUUCAAAGAAACUUAUUAUAUUCGAUAACUUUGGAACCUUGGUGUUUGCUGUUUUCAUGUCAAUCUGGGUUACUGUGUUCCUGGAGUUUUGGAAGCGCUACCAGGCGGAGUUGGAGUACGAGUGGGACACGGUGGAGUUCCUGGAGCAGGAAGAGCCACCUAGACCUGAAUAUGAGGCCAAGUGCAUUUAUGAGACGACCAACCCUGUCACAGGGGUGAAAGAAAAUGUGCCUUUUACAACCUGUGGACGAUGUUUUCGAGUGUCAAUAGGAAUUGGGACAGUCCUGUUUUGGAUCGUGUUGAUCCUGGCUUCCAUCGUGGCCAUCAUUGUCUACCGACUGGCUGUUUUCCUCUCCCUGUCAGUCAGUCUAAAAGACGCAGGGGAUCUGAAGAACUUAGAGCCGAUAAAGGAGUAUGUAACACCCCAGAUGGCCACCUCUGUCACAGCCGGCCUCAUCAGCUUCGUUGUGAUCAUGAUCCUCAACACGCUCUACGAGCGGGUCGCCAUCUGGAUCACAGACUUUGAGCUUCCUCGGACUAGAACGGACUACGAGAACAGCUUGACGCUGAAGAUGUUCCUCUUUCAGUUUGUCAACUAUUACUCCUCCUGCUUCUACAUUGCUUUUGUUAAAGGAAAGAUAGUCGGUUACCCUGGAAAACCUGUUUAUCUCCUGGGAAAAUACCGGAAUGAGGAGUGUGAUCCCGGGGGUUGUCUGAUUGAGCUGACCACACAACUCGCCAUCAUCAUGGGUGGGAAAGCCAUCUGGAACAACAUCCAGGAGGUCUUGCUACCGUGGGCAAAGAAUCUGAUAUUUCGCUACUGCACCCGUUCAACUUCGCAGAAGGCAGAACCGCCUCGCUGGGAGCAAGACUUUCAGCUUCAGCCUUUUUCACAACUCGGGCUCUUUUAUGAAUAUCUUGAGAUGGUGAUCCAGUUUGGCUUUGUGACCCUGUUCGUAGCCUCUUUUCCUCUGGCUCCGGUUCUGGCUCUGAUUAACAAUCUUUUUGAGAUCCGUGUUGAUGCUUGGAAAAUCACGACUCAGUUUCGGCGCAUUGUGCCUGAGAAAGCUCAGGACAUAGGAGCUUGGCAGCCCAUUCUUCAAGGCAUCGCCAUACUGGCAGUCGCAACAAAUGCCAUGAUCAUUGCUUUUACAUCCGAUAUGAUUCCACGACUGGUCUACUACUGGUCAUUUUCUUUGUAUGAAGGUCACACUGACCACAGCAUGAAGGGCUACAUCAACAGCUCCCUAUCUUUUUUCAACACCAGUGCUUUCAGUGAUGCUACAAUGAACGCUCAAGUCGAGCGACUGAGCAACAUCACCAUUUGCAGGUAUCGAGACUUUAGGUUUCCUCCUGGUCACCCCAGAGAAUAUGAGUACAACAUUUACUACUGGCAUGUGAUCGCUGCCAAAAUGGCUUUUAUAAUUGUCGUAGAGCACAUUGUUUACCUCACCAAGUUCAUCCUCGCCCACGUAAUCCCAGACGUUCCAUACACCAUCAAAGAACGGAUCAAACGAGAGAAAUACUUGACCCACGUCAUCCUUCACGAGAGCAAGCUAAGGCUGGUGACCAAGCACUUGAAACCAUUUGUAGGGGAUAUGUCAAGUCAAAUGGAGGCAAAGAAAGAGAAUGAAGUGGAAGUGUCAGAAUUCUGACAGAAACACGCUGCAGAGGAAACUUUGGAUCAUGCAUCAGAACUGUUAUUAAUGGGUUUUUGUUGCUUCCACAAAAAAGAGAUUUUUUCAGUAAUCCUUAGCAUCCUGUGAAAAAAAACUUAAUUGUAUUAAAAGCUAAAGCUAUUCAUGGGUGGUUUGUGUUCUGUGAAGGAAAAUCUUUGUUUGAAACGUUUCAAGACAACAAGAAAUGGGAAAUCCCUUUUUACCCUCAAUGACCUCUGUGUUUGGUUUAUGUUGGCUGUCCAGUUAUUUUUGUGUGUCUUAUGUCAGGAAUAUUGGGAAACAGCUAGUAAAAAUGAGUGAUAUAGUUUUGAAUAGCCUCAGAUAAACCAUUUUUCCUCAAACACAAUUAAUUAUUACCAUCUGGUGCCUUCAACUGACUACGGGGCUGUUAGACUUUGGUUAUGCUGUCUCCCCCAGUUGUUCUAUAUGCUACAUGUUAGGAGCUAUCGAUGUACAUGCGUUGCCUGUUGGAUUAUUGACAAAUGUAAAAUUGCAAAUAUACAUAGACUGUUUAAUUAGCCUGUCUAAUGGUGCCUGUUAUUUGUAGGCCUUUGUUAAUGUGAGUGAAACCUCUCUUUCUAAUUAUAGCUAUAUUCACCAAUAUUUCACUGCUUCUACUGUUAGUUUUCUAACCACUAAUGCCAUGUUACAAUCUCAGAUAAUAAAAAUGCACUUAAUUUUUAUUUGUACAAAUAUGUCAAAACCAAAGUUGUAUUACUUUUGUUAAACUGUGGUUCUACAUCCAUUAUGUAUGCUAAAAAUGUCAUUGCUCAAUGAUAUGUUAUAUAUUUUUGUGCUGGCACUGUUAUGCUGUUAUUAAACUGUUUUUCUUUUAAAAAAAAAAAAAAUUGCA